AUGGCUCCUACCAAACGCGGAAACCGCAAGAUACCCGAUUCUUUCCAGUCCAAACCAUCCUCCAAUUCCAAACCAUCCGCCUCCCGUCGAGAAGCUCCCCAGUCGCGAAAAUCACACCCACCCCGCGAAACCAGCCAUGAAGUGACGAAUAUUACCGCCAGUGGUCUCGAUCUAGACACCACAAUCCCACUCUCCCUCCAGCAACUCCUCCUCGAUGUCUUCAAAACAGCCCUGCUCCCCUCAAACCCAGCGCACUCCGAGUCUCCUGGCUCCACUGAACCAUCACCACUACAUUCACAUCCACAACCACUGCCAGCAGACUCAACCCACCAAAACAAUACACCUCUAGACACCAAAUCCUUAAUACAAACAAUAAAAUCCCAUCUCUAUCAACGAGACUUUGAUUCGGCCUUCACCGACGCCGACGAGGAUCUGCUGCGCGCUUACGCGCUGCGCUGGAGUGCGGCCAGGGCUUUAGGAUAUGCAGGGCUAUUUAGGGGGAUAUUAAGGCUUAUGAGGGAUCAGAAGGACGACAAUGCUUCUGGGAAAGGGCUGGGUACUGCGCCAUCUACCCGUGUUGUCUGCGUAGGUGGUGGUGCAGGUGCGGAGAUCGUGGCGCUUGCUGCGGCGUGGAGGGAUUUGGGCGGCGAUGGCGGCGAGGGAUUGGGAGAGGGUGUUGCUGGGUUAUCUCUGACGGAGAAGAAUAAGGAGAAUGGAGAAGAGAGUGGGACUGGUCGUGAGGAAGCGCCAGGCCCCCGUCUCGCUGUCACCGCUGUUGAUAUCGCGGACUGGACUGCCGUGGUCGAGAGACUGUCCGACACGAUCACCUCGACGGAUGUGCCAACGCCGUCAACGUCCAAACACCAGCCACCGCUGGUGCGUGAGAAAAGCACAUUCUCCGUCUCGUUUCAACGAGCCGAUGUCCUCACUCUCCCCGAGUCCGAACUCAAUGACAUCCUCGUCAACACCAGUACCACUUCUUCUUCCCUACUGGUGACUCUCAUGUUCACCCUGAACGAGCUCUUCUCAACGUCCAUGCCCAAAUCCACCACCCUCCUACUCCGGAUGACAGAAAGCCUCCCAGCAGGCACUGUGUUGCUGGUUGUCGACAGUCCGGGAAGCUACUCAACCGUCAAACUAAAAGGGAAAGAUGGAAAUAUGCAAGAGCGCAAGUACCCCAUGAAGUUCUUGCUCGAUCAUACGCUCCUCACUGUGGCAGAGGGGAAGUGGGAGCGGGUGUUCUCACAGGACUCGCGCUGGUGGAGGCGGGAUGCGCCGCGGCUGCGGUAUGAGGUUGGGGAGGGUGCGGGAUUGGAGGAUAUGCGGUUUCAAGUGCAUGUGUAUCGGAGGGUUGAAGGGUGA